AUGGCCACAAACAGUCAACUUACCAUCAACCAAGGCCACAGCAGCUGCCCUGCUUGCGGUGCCGGCAUUUCGGGUGAUUCGAAGACCUGCAAUUCUUGUGGAAAAACAUCGAACGACCCAGCGAUUCCCAUACCGAAAGGACGAUUUACCGUAGCGCAGUUUUCGGAGAUAUGGAAGCCUAUCCGGCUUCUUUCUAUAGGGAAGGAUGGGACGAUGGUCGAUGAAUUUAGGGAGCCAACACCCAGUUGA